AUGGAAUCCCUUUUAGCAGAUCUGAACAACGAAACUCAUUUGCCCCAAGAAGAAACCAUUAACUCUUUUACAGAUUCAACGGCUAAUAAACCGUUGUCUAAAGAAGGUUCAGUACCUGGAACUCCGACCGGAAGUGCCGUUUCUCCUUCAGCUAUGUUCAUACCACCACAACCAAUAAGUCCUAAUUCUGUUAUCACUUCGACAGAACAAAAACCUAACGCCCCACCGCCAACGGCUGAAAUGUCAUUGGGACAGGUAAAGCCAGAUGGAAAUAAUGCAAUGCAACAUAACAGUCUUUUUAUUGACGAUGACUAUGAUGACACAGCACCUAUUACAAACCCAGGACGAAUCGCCACGGUAGACGAAAUCCCGAAGUCAGAGUCUGUAAUGAUUCCAGCACCAGCUCCGGGAAUCUCCAAACUCCCGAAAAUGAUUACCAAAAUGGCAAUGCAGAACGGUGACGAAUUAGCUGGAAUGGCUAUAAAUGCGAACGCUACAGAGUCAGAAAUAGUUGGAGUAGUUCAUAAAAUCGAAAACGAAAUAUCAGGUGAUGUGAGUAUUGAAGGCGCAGCGAUUGUGUUUGAAAGCAAAGAAAAAGCAAACGAAAAGUUUGAAACCAAAAUGCCAGAUAUGUCAAUGCUUGAUAUGAAUUCGAAACCAAUCGUUGUCCAUGCCAAUGUGAAAGAGAUUAGUAAGCCCUCAGAGAAUGCCACUGAACUGGUCAAAGUUCAAGAACCAGUCAUGGCUUCAGAACCAAUCAAGUAUCCAGAAUAUGUCAAAGACCCUGAACCUGUUGAAUCACCUAUGGUCAAGGAUCCAGGACCUGUCUGUACAGCCGAUUUAGUCAAGGCUCCAGAAUACCUCAACACAGAUCAACCGGUCAUGACUCCAGAGCCUGUCAGAGCAGUUGCACCAGUCACAUCUCCAGAAUCUGUAAGCGCAUCCGAACAAGUUAAAGUUCUAGAACCUGAUAUGGUACACGAACCCGUCAAGUUUCCAGAACCUGUCAUUGCACGUGAACCUCUCAAUGUUCCAGAACCAGUGAUCGCACCCGAAUCAUUCACUGUUCCAGAACCAGUGAUCGCACCCGAAUCAUUCACUGUUCCAGAACCUGUCAUCGGAUCUGCACCGAUCAAUGUUCCAGAAACUGUCAUUGCAUCCGAAUCAGUAAAGGUUCCAGAAUCUGUCAUCGUGCCUGAACCUGUCAAGGUUACAGAGCCUGUAAUCGUUCCUGAACCGCUCGAGGCUCUAGAACCUGUCAUCGCACACGAACCAGUAAAGGUUGAAGAACAUGUUAUCUCGCCUGAACCGGUCAGUGUUCUAGAACCUGCCGCGGCACCCGAACCGGUCCAAGUUCCAGAACCUGUAAUCGAGCCAGAACCGGUCCAACUUUCAGAACCUGUCACGGCACCUGAACCGGUCAAAUUUCCGGCGCCUGUCAUCACCCCCGAACCGGUCAAAGUUCCAGAACCUGUCACUGCACCUGAACCAGUCAAAGUUCCAGAACCAGUCACUGCACUCGCACCCAUCAAAGUUCCAGAACCUGUCAUAGCCCACGAACCAGUCAAAAUUCCAGAACCUGUCAUCGCACCUGCACCGGUCAAAUUACCAGAACCUGUCAUCGCCUCCGAACCGGUCAAAGUUCCAGAACCUGUCAUCGCUCCCACACCGGUCAAAGUUCCAGAACCUGUCAUCUCACCUGCAUCAGUCCAGGUUCCAGAACCUGUCAAAGCAACUGAACCGGUCAAGGUUCCAGUAUCUGUCAAAACACCCGAACCGGUAAUGACUUCAAAACCUGCCAAAGCUCCUGAACCAGUUAAAGAACCAGAAUCAGUCAAACCUCCUGAAUCUUCAAAAGUAUCCAAACUAGCAAAAACUUCUGAACCAAUGGAGGUUCCCGAAACUGCUAACGUUCCGAAACCAGUUAAGGCAACAGAACCAUUAAAAACUGAUUGGCUGUCUAAAGAUGCUAAGGCCGUGGAAUCUGUUAAAACACCCAUUCCGGUGAAAUUCCAACUGCCAGUGAAGGCUUCAGAACCGGUCAAGAAGAAACGUCCAAAAUCAACUACAGAAGAUAAGUCAAUUCAAAAACUUUCGGAAAAAGCCAUUCCGAAAACCAGCUCUGCAACUUCUGAUAAAACCAAAAAGGACGUUGCAAAGCCCGCCAAAAGUCCGGCCGUGUCUAAUUCCAAGCGGAUUAUCUUACCAAACACUGAUGUGAAUUUGUUUCUUUUGGGGGGGCUGGUAAAGAAUCUAUUUUUGUGGUAUUUUCUUUACGCAAUCUUUUCAAUGUGGAGUGAUAAAGCUGAGUAA